GUUCUUUACAAACUUCCGCACUUCAACAUUUCCACCUCCUCAAGCAGCCGCGCUACAAUUUGUCUUGCUGCGCACAAUUUGUUGCGACUUCUUCUCUUGCUUGAGAUCGAAACAAUACUCAUUCUUCUUUGCCAUUGCGCAGUUACAGCUAUCGGCGUCGCCAAAUUCAACACCAUGUCGUUCAACAAUGAGUCUGGCACUUACGACCCUUCUCAACGUCGUCCAAGUAGCAGCGCUGACAGUGGCUACUUUGGUGAUUCUUUCACCUCUGAUUGCACUACUAACAGCUUGAAUGACGACAAGGUUGACAUGGUCGUUGACUUGACUGAUAGUAACCUUGAGGACGAUGAGCUUGUUCUUAAGCCUGACGGACUUCUCAAUUGGUGGGACAAGAUUACAGAGAAGGCAAUGCCAUUCUGGGAGGCCUCUGAGGUAGCUGAACCAGAACAAGAUGCUUCUAGUAAGUUCUCUCUCAGUCUCCUAUCUUCCAAAUCUAUUCGAUCUAUUGCGCUAUUUGCGAUAGCCUCAUUUCGCACUUUGUGCUCUUUCGCAAUCAUGUUCCUUUGACUGCAAAUGUUUCUUUUACCUCUACACACCAUACACCCGUCGCAAUUGCAAACUUUGGACAAACAAUUCUAACAUAUUUCUGCGCAUAGAGAAAGAGAAGAUCUCCUACAUUUUCAGCGCCCUCGAGUCCGGCAUCCAAGGCUUUUCCCAAUUCACUCGUGCUCUCUGCUCGGAAAUCGAGACCCGAGACCAAUCAAUCAAUGAGCUCGAGCUUGAAAACCAAACCCUGGCCAUGCGCAACUUCGCCCUAGCCAAUGAGCGCGAUGUCGUUACCAAGGAACGUGACGAUCUUGAAUUGGAAUGCCAAACUCUCGCCAUGCGCACCUCUUCUCUCACCUACGAGCGGGAUACUAUCACCAAGGAACGUGACGCCAUUGUCAAGGAGCGUGAGGCCCUCAAGGAAGAGAACGGCACCCUUACCAAGGACAAAGGAACUGAGGCUUUCGAGCGUGCUUGUGCUGAAAAGGAGCGCGAUGGUCUUAUGGAGCAAGUCAAGAUGUUAAAGAAGGAUGUGAAGACGGACGUUGAGGAAUUGAAGAGCGAGUUGAAGCAAUUGAAAGAAAAGAACAAGGCACUCAUCUUGCAAAACUUCGCCAUGAAGAAGGAAGCAGAGGAGGUACGAGCCGAGAAGAAGAAAUUGGACGUCAGCUUCGGCAUCAUCUCUCGCGAGCGGGAUAGUUUGCGCACUGCCAUCGACAACAUGAGAGGAGAGGCACCCUACCACGUUUUGGCUCGCUGGAUGGAGAACCCUGGCUAUGGCUUCGGCUUCUGAACUGAAUCUUGUUUUGACUUUUUCUUCACAGACACGUUACUAUAAGGCGAUGGUUGGGGAAAGAGAGAAAGAAGACGGAGGAUGAAGCAGUGUCAUCAUGUGGAAAGUUUUUAUAUCCGGUUCGACUGAUGGACUUGUGGAUCUUUCAUGACGUUUGUUUUGCAAUACGAACAUGGGCUGUACAUUGCGGGCAUCUCAAAACUGGAGCAGACAUUCCUUGGCCUGAAGAAGAUGGAGGGAGAGAGCGGUGUCAUCGUGUGGAAGGUUUUAUAUCUGGAAGCUGAUUGACUUGUGGUUUUCACAGCGCUGUUUUACAUACGGAUAUGGGGUGUGGCUGUACAAUGGGGAGGGGGGCAUUUCAAAAAAAUUGUUGUGGUUCGUCAUUCGUUUGCCUGGAGGAGUCUGUUUCUGUUUUUCCCUUUUUUCCUUGCUUUCAGGGGAUUGCUAGUGUUGGCUGAACCUGUCAAUGUUUUUCCAGAGGUGGAGAAUUCUCUCCUCCUGACAUUCGCUAUUCUCACGUGGAGGAACAUGUGGAGAUUCGUCUCCUGACGCUCACUCACUUCUAUAUCAUGUGGAAAAGACAAGAACGUUCGCUUCUAUCUCUUGUGGAGGAAGAUGACCAUAUUUGAUGUGGAUUUGAUUGUGAAUGCAGAAUAGCAAGCUUUAGUAGGUAC